UUUCUAAAGUCUAUGCACUUAAACAAAUAAUACACGAAAGUUUAAACGUCACCGUUUUACGAAGACCGACCAGUUAGAUCUCUGCGUUCAGCAGAAACCAGCACCCUCGUGUCAAUCGCCCGAAAUCUCUUUCUGUCUCUCUGUAGAUCACAGUGAGUUGCUACAGUUUGUUCUCUAAAACCCUAGUUUCUGUAUCUCUGUAAACCCUAAAACUCAGAUUCUUAAAACAAACAUUGUCUGUUCUACCCAAAAUUACCCUUGGAAGUGUAUACUAGCAAAACCCUAGAUAAAAGUUUUUAUUUUUAUUCUCCCGAAACUGUUUAUGUAAAUUUCCUUCGGUUACCGGCUGAGUAAACUCUUUGACUAUUCGCCCCUCGAAAUUUCAGCCCAGAAGAGAUCUUUUAAAGCUUCUGUUUUUUUUUAGUGUGUUCCUUUCAAUCCGUGUCCGAGUUAACUCGUUUAUUGACUCAGUGAGUCAUAAUACCGAGUAUUUUUGAGGUGGAGGAUGUUGAUGUUGAUGUUGGAGCAAUAUGGAGGGAAUUGAAGGGAUUGGUAGUGGAGAGAAUGGGAGCUCGAGCGAGGGUCGCCCACCAAACCCUCUUACGACGCCGUAUCGCAAGUGCUUAAACAAUGAUCGAGUGGUGGUCCCCUGUAAGAAGUCCUUGGUUCGUCAUGCGUCUCUUCAGAUGAAGACAAAGACAGUGGAAAUUUCUGUUGAACCUGUAGUUGGUGAAGAAAAUCAUGAGACCGAGUUCAUUCCAAUUGUCCGCUCUGGAGCAUGGGCUGAUAUUGGAAUUCGCACAAGCAUGGAAGAUGUAUUUUUGUGUGUUGACAAUUUUAUGUUUAAUUAUGGGCUGAAGAAUUCUACAGAUGGUCCCAGUGCCUUCUAUGGGAUGUUUGAUGGACAUGGUGGAAAGCAUGCUGCUGACUUUGCCUGCAACAAUUUGCCAAGGUUUAUUGUUGAGGAUGAAGCAUUUCCAAAGGAAAUUGAGAAGGUUGUUACAUCAGCUUUUCUCCAAACUGACAAUGCUUUUGCAGAAGCUUGCUCCUUUGAUGCUGCCCUUGCUUCUGGCACCACUGCAUUGGCAGCUCUUGUUGUUGGGAGGUCAUUGUUGGUGGCAAAUGCUGGAGAUUGUCGAGCAGUAUUAUGUCGCCGCGGUAAGGCAAUUGAAAUGUCAAGGGAUCACAAACCAAUCUGCAUUAGAGAGAAAAUGCGAAUUGAGGCAUCCGGUGGGUAUGUCUAUGAUGGCUAUCUCAAUGGGCAACUCAAUGUGGCUCGUGCUUUAGGGGACUGGCACAUGGAAGGAAUGAAAGGUACAGAUGGUGGGCCACUUAGUGCAGAGCCUGAGUGUAUGACUACAAAACUGACGGAGGAGGACGAAUUCCUCAUCAUAGCAUGUGAUGGGAUAUGGGAUGUGUUUAGGAGCCAAAAUGCUGUGGAUUUUGCUCGGCGGAGGCUUCAGGAGCACAAUGAUCCAGUCAUGUGUAGCAAGGAUGUUGUUGAUGAGGCUUUGAAGAGAAAGAGUGGAGAUAAUCUAGCUGUAGUUGUGGUAUGCUUCCAAUCCCAGCCUCCCCCAAACUUGGUUGCUCCACGCUCAAGAGUGCAAAGGAGCUUUUCUGCUGAGGGUUUGAGGGAGUUGCAAAGCUUCUUGGACAGCUUAGGAAAUUGAGAUGGUGACGAAUACUUUUUGUCUUUUUCCCUUUUAAUUUAAUUGUAGUCUUAGUGAGAAUUGAGUUUCAACUGUAACAUAUGCAGCGGCAAAUUGGUAUCAUAUUAUGUUAUUGUUCUUGUGGGAAUUUGAUUUAUCUUGUUUACGGCCUUUCCGUAGGUACAAUUAUUUACUGUUGUGUGGGUCUGGUACUUUCAGUUUGAAACUUUUGCAUCAAACUGCACAAUAAUUGGCGCUACAGCCUACAUG